AUGAUCAAUUCACAACAAACAUCAUCAAAUACACAACAAUAUAAAUCAAAAAGGCAACAAAAAAUAGCCGAAAAAUUAUCUAAAAACAAACAAUCAUCAAACACAUCUACAAAAACUUGUUUUCGCGAUGCUGAACGCAACUUCAAAUCUCGUUUACCUCCACCUGAUUUUAGUUUCAUUUUUAUUCCUAAUCCCUUCACUCCUGCAAUUCAAAAAUUUAUCAUUAAAAAAUGUUUAAAAGAUUAUGCAAAAUCUCCAAAUAUAAGCAAUCUUGAUACUCAUUAUCUAUUGCCUAAAGAUGGACUUUGGAACCUUCAUGAAAAAUAUUUUAAUAAAGAUCAUGAUGAUGAAAAGGAUGGGGAAAACGAGCCAUCUCAACUAAUUAGAAAACUUAGAUGGAUAACUCUAGGUUAUCAAUAUCAUUGGCCAUCAAAAACUUAUCAUUUUGAUAGAAAAUUUCCAUUUCCUAAAGAUCUUGAGAAUUUAACAAAAUUAGUGGUCCUGGCAAUCAAUGGAUUAUCUGACACUCAUAAUAAUCUCUUGUUUGAUUAUUCUCCCGAGGAAUGGAAACCAGAAGCCGGCGUGGUUAAUUUCUAUCAAUCAAAAGAUAGUUUAAUGGCUCAUAUUGAUAAAAGUGAAGAAAACAUGUCUGCUCCUUUGAUUUCUUUUAGGUAA